AUGGUAUACCUUAUAGUCCACCUAGCCAACUUAUGGCUGACCUGUGGCCGUUGGCCUCUGUUCGUUGACCUUUCAUGUAUAUCCGGUCGCCAUCUUGAAAAUCGAAACGAUGCUACCUCGUCCAGAGUGACAUACAGCAGUGCCGUUCUCAAGUCAAUCGGCAAAACACAACCAAAGGUGCGCGUGCCUGAGGAUUUAUGGGAGACCCUUCACGAUCUGGGUAUCAGGAAAGGUUUUCGAUCAAAACGAGCCGGUCGCUGUCGCUAUAUUGGUUCUGGUACCCCUGUGGCCACAGGGCCCCUGACAGAGGAAGUUGUAUUGAGUGUCCCCUCUCCUAUUGGUGUCGCUCACAACGGUGUGGAUAUCGCUUGUAUAACCGAGUCCUGGCUUACUCCCGAUGUUCCGGACCCUCAGCUCAACAACUUUACGAUAUUCCGCAAAGAUCGCGUGUACAGUUCAGGGGGUGGAGUUGCUGUAUACGUGAACAGUGAUAUCCCAUGUAAAGAAGUGAACUCCCCGGAGCUUGUUGAUUGUGUGUCAGAGUUACUUUGGUUGCAGUUAAGACCCGUGCGCCUCCCUAGAUCAGUCUCAAGCAUCUUGCUUGGAGUCAUCUACCAUCCACCUCGAGCGUCCACUGAUGAUAACACCAAGCUUUACGAGCACAUACAAAGUGUAGUGGACCCUUAUAUGUCUAAACAUCCUGACUGCCUGGUGUGGGUCGUGGGUGAUUUUAACCCCACCUUCACCAAGAUCUUGCCGUCCGUGUUUAAGUGCUCUUGCGGUCUGAGUCAAAUUGUUGAUGUACUGACUAGAGACACUGGUAUAUUGGACUGGUGCCUAACUAACCAACCCAAACUGCCUGGGAAGCCUGUCCAACUCCCGAAAUUGGGGAACAGUGACCACUAUUGUAUAUUAAUACGACAAGGACCUUGCAGAAAGCCACCCAAGAAAACCAUCGAGCGCCGCGAUAUGCGUGAUAACCGAAUAAGGGAGUUUGGGAGAUGGCUAACUGCUCACUCGUGGGAUGAAUUAUUCCUCAUGACCUCGGGUAAGGAGAAAUUCGAGCUCUUCCACAGUACUCUGACGGAAGCAUUCAAUAAGCAACGAGCCUUCUCCAGGGGUGGCAAGGGCUCACCAGCCUUCCACUUGUGGCGUAAUAAGGUUCAGCGGCUAAUUAAAUCUUGUAAGCGCACCUUCUAUGAGAGAAAGGUUGAGGCCCUCAAAGAGUCUAACAUCAGUCGUUGGUGGAAGGAGGUUAAAGCUUUAUCUGGUGGCUCCUGUCGUAACGGAAAGUGGUACGAUCAGCUCCUUGUUACAAGUGAUUCCGACCCUAUCGAGUCUCUGUGUAACAGGAUGAAUUCCUUCUUUGUCGGGCUGACCUAUGACCUCCCCCCUCUAACUACUCGCGAUGUGGCAUCCUUUCAAGUCGAUGAAGUCCCUGCUAGGUUACUUGCCACCAUCCCGGAGGUUGAGCGAGCCCUAUCUGCCAGCAAGGUCAAAAAAGCACCCGGUCCCGAUGGAAUUCCCAAUACCAUCCUGAAGACCUUCUCCUUCGAACUUGCUCCGGUCAUAUGCGACCUUUACAACAGCUCGCUAACUGAUGGCUUCUUCCCAUCUCCUCUAAAGUCUGCUAUCGCACGUCCUCUCCCUAAGUCCAAGCAUGCCAAGACCGUGGAAAACGAUGUGAGACUUAUCUCCCUAACGUCACAAGUCGCCAAGAUCAUGGAAGGACUAACACUUUCGAGAAUGCUCCCCGCUGUCUUAGAUAAAAUAGAUAGUAAGCAGUUUGCAGUUGCGUCUAAGUCUACCGAACAGGCUAUUGUCUAUAUUCUACACCUUAUGCUUGAGGCCCUUGAUCUCGGCAAUUGCUCGGUUAGACUCUUUUUCGCGGAUUUCAGAAAAGCAUUCGAUUUAAUUGACCAUCACAUCUUACUAGAUAAGUUAAGAUCACUUUAUGUGGAAACGGCACUUUUGCGCUUGGUUGCAGCCUUUCUACAAGGGCGUUCGCAGUCUGUUUGCCUCGAUGGUAAAACAUCUUCCUCGCAACUACUUAACGGGGGAAUCCCCCAGGGUACCAGGCUUGGGCCCAUUUUCUUCUGUGUAAUGGUCAAUGACUUGGUCGGGACGUGGCCCCCGCGGGCUAAGUUCGUGGACGAUUUGACUGUUCUUGAGGUGGUACCUAGGAACUCACCAUCUCUGCUAGGACACAUUGUUAACGACAUUCAAGCAUAUGCCCUAAAGAAUAACAUGCGCCUUAAUCCAUCAAAGUGCAAAGAAAUGUCCGUUAGCUUCUUAAACUAUGAUAGUUGCAGUUGGCAGCCUAUGGCCGUAGGCGGCAAUACCAUCGAUCGGGUGCAGUCGUUCAAGCUGCUUGGCGUUCUCAUAUCGUGUGACUUGACAUGGGUUGCGCACUGCGACUUCAUAAUUAAGAAGGCUAACAAAAGGCUAAGAGUACUUAAGAAAAGCGGCCUGGAUGCCAUAAAGCUGAUAACAGUCUACCGUUCACUUAUCAGAUCGGUCAUUGAAUAUGCGUCUGCAAGCCUUUGCGAACCUUCCAAAUUAUCUGUCUGA